CAACUACGCGCCUUCCCGAUGGAGGGAACGUGCCGCUCCGGAGGCGGCCAGACAAGAGGAAGGGAAGCUGCCUUGGUCCCGCCCGUUGGGUUCUGGCCACGCCCGAUUCCGCCUCGACUUUCCUCCAAGCCUCCUGCCCAGGUGUGUGCUGGGCACGGAGUUCAGAGAGCCCGCGGCGACAGCUACGGCGGCGGGGCUGUAAUGAGAUGGUAGACCAUACUGCAUGGAUUGCAGAUCCACACAGAACUGAAGAACUGAGGUAGCCUCUGAUAUCUGGGACUCUGCAUUAUUGUUAUCUCCCCUAUUAUGGGUAUAUCAUUUCUGUUUUGCCUCAUGCUGGGGUUAUUGCCCAUAAGAAUCAUUGGGAAUGCUUGGCAAUGCCCACAUAUUCCCCAUAACUUGACUAACGAUUAUACAGUGAAAUAUAACUUGUCUACAUUCAUGGCUGAGAGUAACAUCCAAAACUUAGUCACCUAUGAGCCUGCUAAUGCAAUCUUUGUUGCUGUUCGGAACAAGAUCUACAUACUGAACUCAGAGCUGCAAAUUUUGUCCACCGUAGUGACUGGUCCCUGGGGUAGUAACAAGUGCAAGAUCUGUGACUUGUGCCCAGUGAAAGGGCCAAUAAAGUUUGAAGAUACGGAUAACAAAGUUUUGGUGAUGGAUCCUUCUGAACCUUGGCUUUACAGUUGUGGGAGUUCCCAACAUGGAAUUUGUUUCCAGCAUGAGAUUGAGAUACAGGAUGACGUUGCUACAAUUAGAAAAACAUCAUGCUUGUAUUCAGCUGACCUUAACAAUCCUUCUGAGUGUCCAGAUUGUGUGGCCAGUCCUUUAGGCACUAGAGCUGUGGUUGUGGAUGAAUAUGCUUCAUACUUUUACAUUGCAUCUACCAUCAACAGAAGCACAGCAGAGACAUAUAGCCCUAAAUCGGUGUCUAUACGGAGACUGAAGAGUACCUUGGAUGGGUUUCAAAAUCCUUUCCAUUCCUUAACUGUGCUGCCUGAGUAUCAAGACACAUACCCCAUUGAUUAUGUGUAUUCCUUUAAUGACCAGAACUACGUAUAUUUCCUGACAGUCCAAAGAGAAAAUCCCAGCUCCAGAUUGUACCACACUAGAAUAGUGCGGCUUAACAUGCGGGAGACUGAAGUGCGCAAAUACCGUGAGAUGAACUUGGACUGCCGCUUUCCAAACAGGCGGAAGCGGAGUCUUGGAACGAACCAUGGGCAAGUAGACUUUAAUAUCUUGCAGGCAGCUCAUGCUACCAAGCCUGGAUCAAAGCUGGCCCAUGAUCUCAGCAUCAGUGACACAGAGCUGGUUCUCUUUGGUGUGUUUGCUAAAAGCCGGGUGGAAAGCGUGGUGCCAGAGAAGUACUCGGCAGUUUGUGCUUUUCCCAUGAGCAAGAUCAACGAGGCUAUUGAUGCAGGGAUGAGGAAAUGCUGCAAUCUGAACAACCAUGACAAGAUGCUUCGAGGACUGCGCUUUUAUCAGGAAGCUGAGUACUGCCCACAGAAUAUAAACCUUUCAGUCUCAUUGGUGCAUACCACUUGUUUCAAGAAGCCUACCUAUAUCACCACAGAUGGCUACAGGGUAGACCUCUUCAAUGGACGUAUGUCUGAUGUGCUGCUGACCUCCAUCUUUGUAACUGUAAUAGGUGAGGUGACUGUGGCUCACCUAGGCACAUCAGAAGGACGUAUUUUGCAGGUGGUGCUUCAAGGAUCCAGAGUCUACACAAUCAGAGUGGCCAACUUCUCCCUGGGGGAGAGAUUGCCAGUGCUGCGGGACGUCAGCCAGCUGCACGACUCUUUAUUGUUUGUCUCGGGAACUAAGGUGUUUCAGGUGAACCAGACUGGUCCAGGCUGUCACCAUUUCCUGACAUGCCUCCGUUGCCUGAAGGCAGAGCGUUUUAUGGAAUGUGGCUGGUGUGGAGAUUCAUGUACCCGUCGGGAAGAAUGCAAGGAAACAUGGGACCAAGAGAGCUGCCCCCCUAUGCUCACUAAUUUUCACCCCAGAAAUGCAACACUAAAUGGCAGUACUAAAGUGACUCUCUGCGGCAUGGGGUUUCAGUCGCGUCCUUAUUUCUCUGGCACUGAGGGCACACUUGUGAACCCUAGAGACUACUCGGUUACAGUGGGGCAGACGAAUUGCACUGUGCUGUUUGAAGAGAGCCUGGCAAACAGGUACACUCAAGUGCCACACUAUAAGGAUUUUGCUGAAGUCCUUGUUUGCACUUUGACACCAAAGGGGGAAGAGAAAAUGCUGAAGCUUCAAGAGGUUAAUGUCACCAUUUUAGAGAAGAAAGCAACCCCGUUUUAUAUCAGUGGCUCCUCAGUCCUCAAGGGUUUUGAGUUUAUGCUGCCAAAGAUAACUUCCAUCCACCCUGCAUAUGGGCCGCUGGCUGGAGGAACAGAGAUCUUUAUCCGAGGACAAAACCUUCUGGUGGGAGGCACAAGGAAAGUGAUGGUUAAUGGCCUUGAUUGCCCCUUGGUCAGAGAGGAAAGCCAGAGGGAGGAAGCCAUCAUUUGUACCACUCCUCCUGCGAACAGUGUGACCACGGCUUCUGUGGUUGUGGUAAUAGAUGAGGAGCCGUUUCUUUCUCCACACUUCCAGUAUCGAAAAGAUCCUCAAAUAUAUUACAUCUCGCCCAACUGCAGCUAUGCGGGCUCAAAUAUAUUCAUCAAUGGCACCAAUUUGGAUUCGGUCUAUAAUGUGAAGGUACAAUUUGAGUCUGCCAGAAAGCAGUCCAACGUUAACGUAUGCGAAAAGCCAGAGUCUGCAGAGAGGCUUGUAUGUCCAAGUCCUGACUACUCGAUUGAAAACAAGGCGGAAAGUGUUCAGGGGAACAUGAGCAUCUUGAUGGAUGGAGCUCUAGGGCACAAGGCGUUUCACAUCCGCUACUAUCCAACGCCCGUGAUUUACCCCCUUGAUCAUGAAGGCAAAUUAUACACCCUCAAUCAAGGAGAGGACGAGAUUAAAGUCCGCCAUAAAGGGCUGAAUGCUCUGGCACGUUGCAUGACAAUCUCCAUGACUGUAGGUGGCACAGAUUGCCACCCCAAUGUGCUGAAGAAUGAGGUGACCUGUCAAAUCCCCAAGCACCUGAACAUCCCCCCCACUGGUUUGCGAACACAGAUUUGUGUGAAUGGAAACUGCACAGACCUGGGCUUUGUGGCUGUGACCUCCUCCUUCUCCCCUGUCGCUGUUAUCUUGGGGACCAUUGUAGCCACCCUGUUCCUCUGCCUCUUGACGUUUCUGCUGAUGAAAUAUAUGCAGCGGAAGAAGAAGUCAGGAACUGAGACCUUAGAAAGGCUUUCGAGCUUCAACAGGGGCAUCACAAGCAUUCCUCUCCUUCCCUCCAAUACUGGCUAUAUGGGUGCUGCUGGGACUCCAAACAGUGACGCUUCUGGAGUGCGUUUUGGAAGCGCCUCUUACACAGGUAGCAGUGAUGGUUCUGCCGUGCCCUUCAUGCGGGUGCCUUCUUACUCCAUUAAAAAUUUCCGGCCGCAGCUCUUGGAAGAGGUGAAGGAUGUUCUGAUCCCAGAAGAGCAGCUGAUUAUGCAACAUGAUCAGAUCAUUGGCAAAGGGCAUUUUGGGAGUGUUUAUCAUGGAACCUACAUUGAUUCAUCCCAGAGAGAGAUACGCUGUGCUGUUAAAUCCCUGAACCGGAUCACUGACCUGGAGGAGGUGGAAGAGUUCUUGAAAGAGGGGAUUCUGAUGAAAAGCUUCCAUCACCACCACGUCCUCUCUCUCAUUGGGAUUACCCUCCCCAGGGAGGGGCUCCCCCUGGUGGUGCUACCGUACAUGAAGCACGGAGAUCUGCGCAACUUCAUCCGUUCCGAAGAGAGGAACCCUACUGUGAAGGAUUUAAUAGGCUUUGGGCUUCAAGUGGCUCGAGGGAUGGAAUAUUUGGCCCAGAAGAAGUUUGUACACAGAGACCUUGCUGCUAGAAACUGUAUGCUAGAUGAGACCUUCACAGUGAAGGUGGCUGACUUCGGUCUAGCCAGAGAUGUCUUUGACAAGGAGUAUUACAGCAUCCGGCGACACCGCAGAGCAAAGCUCCCUGUGAAAUGGAUGGCUCUCGAGAGCCUGCAGACCCAAAAAUUUACCACCAAGUCUGAUGUAUGGUCCUUUGGGGUCCUCUUGUGGGAGCUGAUAACACGAGGGGCUUCACCAUAUCCUGAAGUGGAUCCAUAUGAUAUGACGUGCUACCUCUUGCAAGGAAGAAGGUUACCCCAGCCUGAGUACUGCCCUGAUUCUUUGUACGUUGUAAUGCUGAACUGCUGGACCCCAAAUCCGGAGGAGCGACCAACUUUCUCUUCCCUGAUCCAGGAGGUGGAGCAUAUAGUAGCCUGCUUAAAGGGGGAGCAUUAUAUCAACCUCAAUGUCACCUACGUUAACCUUAAUCAAGACCAGCCCUUCCCCCCUUCAAACAAUGGCGUAGAUGAACUGGACUCCAGUGGGCUGAGUGAGGCAGAGGUUAUGGGUUUUCACUCAGUGGAGUGACGCUCUUCUCAGGAAGCUCAUCUUCGAGCAUAACACUAUGCAAGUGUCUGCUGCAUGUCUUCCUGUGUCAACACACUUCAGACUGAGGACGUUUCCUGACCCCUGCUCUGUUCAGGGCUUGGAGCUUCCCUUUAGAUGUUACCCACCCUGUGGAUUCAAAACCAAUAUGGUCAGAGACUGUCUGUGACAUGAAUCCCCCAUUCUCCAUUCCACUUUGGGUGGGGCUAGAGAAUCUCGGAAAAAGGCAGAGAUAAGCUCAUCCCUCCCAUAAGAGGUGGGGCUGGACCCCUUAAGCUCUAGAAAAGAGACAUUCCGAAUACUUGGGAGCAUAUGUGCUGACCUGUAUUUUAUUACAGGCUAUAAAGUAAUUUAAUGUCUCAGCCUGUGGUUGAAUUUGAAUAUAAAGGAAUAAAU